AUGAAUUACCCAUCCAACAGUCUAGGCCUCAAGUGGGACCUAGUCUUGGACGCCUUCAAAUUUUGCGUCGAAGCCGACAAUAGGCCUUACACGCGCAGAGGUAUACUAUCCCGUGUUAACAGCUUUUUUGAUCCCUUGGGAUUGAUUGCACCUACUACUAUCCAAGGAAGACUACUUCUCAGAAAGGUAUCAUCAACGGAAGAUUGGGACUCGCCCCUCCCAAAAGACUUGAGCGAUGAGUGGGAGCACUGGGUUGAGUCCCUGCAAGAUUUGAAUACGCUGAAAGUGCCUUGGACCUACAGUCCGGUACCUAUCUACGACGCGUCUUGCAAAGACAUUCAUGUAUUCUCUGAUGCGUCAGAAAAAGCCAUUGGAACUGUUGCUUACAUAAGAACCUUCGACGAUGACGGAAACCCUCAUCUGGGGUUUAUCUUUGGCAAAUCGAGACUUGCCCCAACACAAGGCCAUAACAUUCUCCGUCUAAAGCUCUGCGCUGCAGUUCUCGCUGUAGAAGUGGCCGAAUCCAUUGUUCAACAUUUGAAUGCCAACGUGUCCAACAAUGGAGAUUCUACACGUAUGUCGCAAACCGUGAAGCGCGUAUCCGUCAGUCUACAAUACCUGCUCAGUGGUCUUAUGUCGCGACAGACAAGAACCCUGCCGAUCUAG